AUGAACCAAGGAGUCGAUUCAUGGGGUCGCGAUCAAAUGGAAGACGAAGAGGAAGAGGAGGAGGACAUUGUCUAUGAUGAUGAUGAGGAUGAGUUUGGACUUCCUAGCAUUACGAGCAUGCGGAAGAAGCAGAAACAGAAUGUCGACCCUCUUCCAUCCAGGAGUGCUGACCCAGGCGGUCGAAUUGGAGGCAGUGCCUCGGCCCUUAGUGUUGGUCUAGGGAACAGUAGACAACGUGCCAACAGCUCGGAUAUUGCGGAGGAACGAGGUGUUCCUAUGUACCCAACAGCUAAAAAGGGGGAAGAGAAGAUACUUCGGCCUCAGUAUAAAGACGUUCUAAGAGAUCCUGCAAACGCUUUGAAUCUUAUCAACCAUGCUCCGCCCCCCAAGAGUGCAACUCCGAAAGAAAUGGACCAAUACUCGAGCCGCAUUUCGAGAAUCAACAAGUUCAAACGCCUUUUGCAAACAAGCACGGUUCCCUUAGCAGAACUAAGAAACUUGGCCUGGUCAGGAGUCCCUGAUGAGGUACGGGCGAUGACCUGGCAACUUCUCCUGGGCUACCUCCCAACAAAUUGUGAACGACGUAUUUCGACCCUCGAAAGGAAGCGUAAGGAGUAUUUAGAUGGCGUUCGCCAGGCUUUCGAGCGCGGCAACGCCGCAGUUGCCGGAAAACCUCCUGCUUCGACAACAGGGCGCGGCAGAGGGCUGGACGAGGCAAUAUGGCAUCAAAUCAGUAUAGAUGUCCCUCGCACUUGCCCACAUAUUCAGCUCUACGGCUAUGAGGCUACCCAACGCUCACUAGAAAGGAUUCUUUAUGUUUGGGCCAUCCGACACCCAGCCAGCGGCUAUGUGCAAGGGAUCAAUGAUCUCGCUACUCCAUUUUGGCAAGUUUUCCUAGGUGUCUACGUUACGGACCUUAAUGUAGAAGAAGGGAUGGACCCGGGUCAAUUGCCCAAGAGUGUUUUGGAUGCCGUCGAAGCGGAUACAUUCUGGUGUCUUACGAAGCUUCUUGACGGCAUUCAGGAUAAUUAUAUAUAUGCCCAGCCUGGUAUACACCGGCAAGUUAGAGCAUUACGCGACUUAACCAUGCGCAUUGAUGCUACCCUCGCCAAACAUUUGGAGAAAGAAGGUGUUGAAUUUAUGCAAUUUAGUUUCCGAUGGAUGAACUGCUUGCUCAUGCGCGAAAUGAGCGUCCAGAACACCAUACGCAUGUGGGACACGUACAUGGCCGAGGAGCAGGGCUUUUCAAGAUUUCACAUUUACGUGUGCGCGGCCUUUCUAGUCAAAUGGUCGGACCAGUUGGUGAAGAUGGAUUUCCAGGAAGUCAUGAUGUUUUUGCAAGCCCUCCCAACCAAAGACUGGACCGAACAAGAUAUUGAACUCCUGUUGAGCGAAGCUUUCAUUUGGCAAAGCCUGUUUCAAGACUCUCGGGCCCAUCUUCGUUCCACUGGUGACCCAUCCCCCGAUAAUGGAUUGCAAUGACGAAGUCGAGUUCUAAUAAGCAUGCUCCAAGCCCCUAGCUUGUGGCAAAGCAAGCCGGUCCAGGUUCUUUCCCCUUGGACAUAAAUGCAAAGUAAACAGGAAAGCCCUUGUAGUGGAAAACCCACGACAACUUCUAAAAGCGGCCCCGUGGCAGA